AUGUGGGCCAUGCGCCGUGCUUUCCUUGUAGUUGUCCUGCUGGCGACAGCGAUGGCGCAGUCAAGCUGUGGGACAUCAUAUGUUACCGAGGUCGCCGAGGACAUGGCUGUGCUUCAGACUCGGGGACGCGACCAAAGCAACCAAAGCGACCAACGCGAAGACCUCGGCAGCGAGUCCCUCGGUAAGAGCGCUGAGAGCCUCGCUGAGAGAGCUGAGAUUUUGCCGGGGCAACCUCGGCUGCAAGAGCUCACGCUGGGCAGCGGGCGGAAGGUUCUGCUGCAAGGGGUCGUGCCCUUUGUUGGACAAGGAGGCUUCUUCAUGGCGCUUUUCUUCUGGAGGCAAUCAUUCGAGGCAAUGAAAAGUGCCAGGAUUCACUGUUCAGACCAGCAAGGACGGCACCGGGUGCCAACCCAGAUGUUCGGCCAUCGAGACAAAGACUUAGUCACUUUGCACUGCCCGUGGCCGCAAGCAGAGGCUGCGAAGGGAACAUAUGACAUCCGCCUGGAUGAUGGGGGCCAGAAAAUUGCCGAUGUUCAAGCAUCCUACCAACCCCUGCUAAAGCAGUAUGGCACUAUUGCCUGCAUCAACAACGUUUAUAACGGACAGGUUCACACCCUCAGGCUGGUGCCUGAGUGGAUGGAGUUCCACUUGCUGCACGGCGUGGAUCAUUUCAUCGUAUACACGCAGAACGGCACAGACGUGACAGUGCUGGACUUGUAUGAGCCUUACAUCAAAGCGGGCUUGGCAACAAGGGUCCACCUGAAUACGGACCCGAGAUACGCGAAUGGUUUUGUGACCCAGUCCUGGAUGGCGAACGAUUGUCUUUACCGUGCCAAAGGCCACACACGCUGGCUGAUGCCCACGGUGGAUGCAGAUGAGUAUUUCAGGUUGCGAAAUGACAACACCAGGGGCGACUACUUAAGAACAUUCUGGGACCAGCUUGCGCAAGAGCAAUCGGAGCUGAAGAAUGAGACCGUGAGUACCAUUCUCAUAAAGCGGGUCAACUUCGAGAGGGAGAACAAGCGACCCGAUAUUUCCGUAGUUCAUCGCUAUUCGUUUCCAAUGGGCUGCCCAAAGUACGUGGUCAAGCCCGACUUGGUCAAUGUAAUCGACAUACACUGGCCCACGAGCUAUGUGGGAAAAGCUGUUUCGGUGCACCUCGAUAUAGAACGAGGGUUCUUUGCGCACUACCGCAACUCAUCGACCAGAGCUACCUUCAUCAAAGAAGCGAACGGGAGGAAGCCGGACGUCGUGGAUAAGACCCUCCUGGCGGACGUCAAGGCCGUCAACGUGGCUUUGGAUCGCCGCUUCUCUCAUCGGUGGAGGCAGGUUGCUGCAAAGCUCGAGAAAGGCUCUUCUGAGUCCAUCCUACAGCUCGAGGAGGAGGAUGAUUCCGAGUCUGAGGAUUGCCCUUGCCCGACCAGUUUGGUGGAGGGCGGCAAAUCCGUGACCUGGACUCCCCUGAGGUUGGAGGUUUUGGAGGAUUUUGGUGGCCCGCGCCGCUGUGGCUGGGAGCAAGACUGCCCAAAAGACUACGGGAAGUCCGACAUCGCUUUGAUCUCCAACGCUAAGACCUCUGUUGCCACGUUGAAGGAGCUUCACAAUCAGGCCCUGGCAGCGUGCAACAGCAAGGAGCGCAAAGGCAUCUUGAAGUCUGGCGGAUGGUGCUAUGUCGCCGAGGAUUCCAAGCAGAUGCAAAAGGGAGACUACUCUGAUGCCGACUGGCUCCUGCCACUCUUCCAUGUUGAAUUCGACAAGGGUUUGGCCACCGGCCUGGCCAAUCUGGUGUUGAAAGAUGGGGACUCGGUCACGGAUUGUGGCGCUGGUGUGGGGCAGGCCGGACACAUGCUUCGUGCCCUGCUGCCCAAUCUACAGUAUCGUGGAUAUGAUGGAGCCGGAAAUGCGCAAGAGUUCACCCAGGGUUUCGUGCACUUCGCCGAUCUUUCUUACCCUAUGGAUAUGGCCGUGUCGGAUUGGGUCAUCUCUCUUGAGGUCGGUGAGCACAUUUCGCAUGAAGUCGAGAAGCAGGUCGUUGCCAACCUUCACGCUCACAAUCGCAAGGGGCUGAUUCUGUCGUGGGCACAUCUGAAGCAACGCGGUCACGGCCACGUGAACUGUCACAGCAAGGAGUAUCUCCUCCAGCUCUUUGAAGAACUCGGCUACAAGUACGACGCCCCAGUUUCAGAAAUGUUGCGAGACUCUUCGACAAAACCCUGGUUGAAAGCCAACGUCAUGAUCCUCAGACGGACUUAG